AGGCGAAGCCCCCUGCGUCUCCGAACAUUCCCUGCGUCCGCUCCCUAGACGCGGCCCCAAGCGCGGGGUGGGUGGAGGCGGAGUCGGACCCUGAUCCCUGGCCCUGACUGUCCGCCGGGAUGAACUUGGAGCUGUUGGAGUCCUUUGGACAGAACUAUCCAGAGGAGGCUGAUGGAACUUUGGAUUGCAUCAGUAUGGCCCUGACCUGUACUUUUAACAGAUGGGGCACAUUGCUUGCUGUUGGCUGUAAUGAUGGUCGAAUCGUCAUCUGGGAUUUUUUGACAAGAGGCAUUGCUAAAAUAAUUAGUGCCCACAUUCAUCCUGUCUGUUCUUUAUGCUGGAGUCGAGAUGGUCACAAGCUUGUGAGUGCAUCAACUGAUAACAUAGUGUCACAGUGGGAUGUCUUAUCUGGGGACUGUGAUCAGAGGUUUCGAUUCCCUUCACCUAUUCUGAAAGUCCAGUAUCAUCCCCGAGAUCAGAACAAAGUUCUUGUAUGUCCCAUGAAAUCAGCUCCUGUCAUGUUGACCCUUUCUGAUUCCAAACAUGUCGUCUUGCCGGUAGAUGAUGAUUCAGAUCUGAAUGUCGUUGCAUCUUUCGAUAGGCGAGGGGAAUAUAUUUAUACAGGAAAUGCGAAGGGGAAGAUUUUGGUCCUAAAAACAGAUACCCAGGAUCUAGUUGCUUCUUUCCGAGUAACAACUGGAACCAGCAAUACCACAGCUAUAAAAUCAAUAGAAUUUGCUCGGAAAGGGAGUUGUUUUUUAAUAAAUACAGCAGAUCGAAUAAUCCGAGUGUAUGAUGGGAGGGAAAUUUUAACCUGUGGCAGAGAUGGAGAACCAGAACCCAUGCAAAAAUUGCAGGAUUUGGUAAACAGGACACCUUGGAAGAAAUGUUGUUUCUCUGGAGAUGGAGAAUACAUAGUUGCAGGCUCUGCCAGACAGCAUGCACUGUAUAUCUGGGAGAAAAGUAUUGGUAACUUGGUGAAAAUUCUUCAUGGGACCAGAGGAGAACUUCUGUUGGAUGUAGCUUGGCAUCCUGUCAGACCUAUCAUAGCAUCCAUUUCUAGUGGAGUGGUAUCUAUUUGGGCACAAAAUCAAGUGGAAAACUGGAGUGCGUUUGCCCCAGACUUUAAGGAGCUGGACGAGAAUGUGGAGUAUGAGGAAAGGGAAUCAGAGUUUGACAUUGAGGAUGAAGAUAAGAGUGAACCCGAACAAACAGGUGCUGAUGCUGCAGAAGAUGAAGAAGUAGAUGUCACUAGUGUAGAUCCUAUAGCUGCCUUUUGUAGCAGUGAUGAGGAGCUGGAAGAUUCAAAGGCUUUGUUAUACUUACCCAUUGCCCCUGAGGUUGAAGACCCAGAGGAAAACCCUUACGGACCCCCACCUGAUGCAGUCCAAACCUCAUUGAUGGAAGAAGGAGCUGGUUCAGAGAAGAAGAGACAGUCCUCAGCAGACGGGCCCCAGCCACCAAAGAAGAAAACCAAAACCACCAACAUUGAGCUACAAGGAGUACCUAAUGAUGAAGUCCAUCCGCUACUGGGGGUGAAGGGGGAUGGCAAAUCGAAGAAGAAGCAAGCAGGCCGGCCUAAAGGAUCAAAAGGUAAAGAGAAAGAUUCUCCAUUUAAACCGAAACUCUACAAAGGGGACAGAGGUUUACCUCUGGAAGGAGCAGCGAAGGGUAGAGUGCAGGCGGAGCCCAGCCAGCCCUUGACAGGUAAGGACCCGUGGUGGGCGCGCCCGACUUGCGCGGCGGCCUUGCUUUCUACAGCCCCCGACGCAGUCUGACCGCAGCGCUUUACUUCUCCCUCCCUUCCUUACCUACCAGUGGCAUUCACUCCCGAGGGGUUAAGCUGCUGCCAAGGGCAGGAGAAACCACAUUUUGGUUGUUUUCCUUAUCUCUGUUCACUCCCAAGUUUUUACUCUGAGUAAAAGAAACAAAAAUUUAGCCGGGGAGCCAAACGGAGCCUUCUACCAAAGUCCCAGCAUUGUUUGUCUGUUUUUCCCCCCUAGUAGCCCAGUGCCAAUAAUGGAGUUGGUGGUUGUACACUUCUGAAUGGCUAGGAAGGAAGAUGAAGUUUUUGAGGUACAUACCAUCAUGAUGUCAGGACCCGAAAAUGGGAGGAGAAAACCUGGGAGGAGCUGACCAGAAAAGCAGCUACUGGGAUGUAGAGGCUACAGUGUCUGUGUAAGAUCUUAAUGCCUAAGCCUUUUCAAACUGGCUUCUCAGUCAAUGGGCCAUCUCACUUUUCAUGGUAUUUAAAAUUUGGGAGGGAUGGCCCUUUUUUAAUUAGGAGUGGAUCUUUUUCUCUAAACUGGGUCUUAUACAUGGUAGGGAAAAUGAAUUCAUCCUAAACCAAAGGGACUCUUUAAUUUUCUGCCAUAUAUUAGUAAGGCCACUUUCCCUAAGUCCUCAUUUAGAACUGUUUCCUUCAUUAAAAUUCCUGAUUAGACAGUUUGGGGAAAUAUUCAAGUUUUUUUGACUAACUGUAGCUUCUAGUAAUUUGGCAUAUUCUUCCCCUUCAAUCCAGAAAGCAUAUUCAGUAAACACUAAAAUUUCUCUAAUGAGAGCAGUCCUGCACUCUUCAUAUUUGAUGGGCUUUAUAAAAGAAAUGAGCAGCAUUAUUCAGACUAGAGAGAUAGCAUGGCCUAGUGGAGAGAGAGUUGACCUUGUAGUCAGGAAGCUUUGGGUUCAAGUCCCGCCUCUCACUCAUCCUGGCUGUGUGACUCUGGGCAAGUCACUCAACCUCAUAGAGCCCCAGGCAUCUAAGAUUCUCAGUGGCAGAGGAGAUGUCUAUUGACAGUGGUAGAGAGGUUUCCUCACCAGAGGCUCCCAGCAGAGAUGAAAUCACAAGUCCUGUUCACUUGAACGAUAGCAAACUACUGCCUGGAUCCUUCUAAAAUUAGAUAUUUGGUCAAAAGUGUUCCUUCUGAUUCUGUGGGCCUCUUUUAUGGCUGCCUGAAGAAAGUGUAGGAAGUAGUCUUGAGGUGACAUUGGGAAUUGUGAACCAGAGUUGCAUGUCCGCUCCGCUGCCUAAAUGUUUCUUUACUAAUAGGCUCCCUUUGUGUUGUACCUAGUUGUAUGUAUCCUUGGGAGUGGCUGCUGCUUUUUUUUUUCCUCCUAGAGUUCUCCCUACUUCCAUCAUUGGUCCUUUGUAACCCAUGUUGCUUAUCAUCUCAUCUGCUCUGCUUAAGUUUUAUUGCUUAAUUGUUGUAAAGUACUGUGCAUUCAGAAGAAUAAGGAUAUAAAACUCCCUGUCCUCGGACAUAGGCUCAGCAUGAUAUAAUACACUGAUUGUCUUAAGUGGUUAUUUUUAAUGCCAUUGACUUGUUGAUCCAGUCAUUUCUCUAAUUAGGAGUUAGUUAUAGUAUUACCAGCAAAAACUGGUUUAAAUCCAGAAAAGCCAGUUUCUGGGAUCUGGUAAUAAACUUUUAGGAAAAAGAGAUCUGAAUUCCAUAGGGUUUUUGGUUUAUUUGGUGCCCUGAUAUUUUGGGGUUUGUUUGUCUCUUUGAACAAUAAUUGCAAGGGUGUUCAGAAGAGAAUGAGCGAAACUGUCUCCCUAUGCCAGAGAUAGGAUGUUGAGGCCUGUGGAGUUUGUUUUCAUUCAUCUCAGGUUUUUUUAUUCUUGCCUUAAGAGGUACAUGACUAUUUUCUUCAUGUUGUGAUAUCUAAGGGAAGAUGCUAUCAAAACCUCCUGUUCCUGCUGAAUUGUAAAAACUAUAACUGAAUUUCUACCAGUGUGACAUUCAUCUAGAAGAUAGAGCUUGAAUCUUUUAACAUCAGUCUGUUCUCCAGUGAAUGUAAAUAGUCUUUGUGGCCAGUAUAUCCCAUACCCAGCUGUGUCAUUCUGUGGUUGAAACUUUUUUCUUUUAAGUUCCUGAGUCAGUUUUGUAAAUGGGUUUCCCUUACAUCCUAGCAGGAAUCUUCUUUUUUGAAAUGACUUUUUCUUCAAGGGACAUUAAUGUCCAUUUUUCCAUCUCCCCACUGUGGUGUGGAGCAGGAACAUAAUUGACUUUGUUCUUUUUCUGGACUUCCUUGCUGACAUCCUUACCUAUCCAUUUAAGGCUGCCUUCAGAGACUGAACAGCUUUUCUCAAAUAAUCAGGGAAGUGCUCAUUUGCUUUGAAAAGUGAGGGUUCUGUUUGCUGAGUUAUUAGUAAACUUGAGUAAGGACUUUCAGGCCAUGUUUGCAAGCCUGGGCAAAGUUCUGAGGUGAUUAGAGGCCACUCCAUAAGUGGGGGUUCUGAGGCCUUUGGGAAGUAUUUGCAGCUGACUCUUGGUUGGCUAUUCAGGGGAGUGCGUAUUGUGCGUAUUUUGAUGCCAAUUGUGAGGCUCCCUGGCUUUUCCUCUCCUUUCCCACUGCUCAUCUUGGUUCAUAUCUGAUUUGUUUAUUCCCUUAGAAGCAUGGUUUAGAACUUGAAAGAAAAGAUAAAAAUUCAAGUGUUACAACUUGUUUUUUUUUUUUUUUGAUAAGAAAAGGUGUGGAAAGGCCACGGACCAUAGCCAUAGAUCUGGAAGGAACCUCAGAGGCUGUUUAAUCUGACCUCCUCCUUUUACAGAUGAUGGCGUAGAAGUGACUUGCCCAAGGUCACAGAGGCAGUGAACCUAAAUGAUAGUAUUUAGACCCAGGCUCUGACUUCAGAGCCAGUGAUGCUUUUUCCACUCUACCAGUGUGAUGAGCAGCACUCUCAGUUCUGAAAUGGUGUUUGGGUUAUUGGUAGAUCUCAAUGAAGCCAAGAGUUAGUUCUGUCUCUUUUUCUAGAUAAGGAAAAUAGUGUUUUGCCUGCUUCUGCUUCUGCUUGUACCACAUCUUAUCUGUCAAGCUCCCAUUCUCACAAGUCACUGGGUUGAACUGAUACUAAUGGAACCUUUUCCGUCCAUUCUGUCCAGCAGGGGGAGCCAUCUCAGAGCUGUUAUGAAGACGACCUUGCGAGUUCUCCAUUCUUUCCCACUCUGCGGGCAUGCAGCCUCGGACCUUGUGCUUGGACAGAUGAGACUGACUUUCAUUUAAAACCAAGACCUCUACCUGUCUCAGCAGGUGGAAAGAGGAGUGAUGCUUAUUUUUGAAUGAAGUGAAUUAUGAAAAAACAAGUCAACCUCCCCAACCCUCCCUCUCAAAGCAUAAUUCCAAAUAGACUCAGGAAAAGAGGACUUGCAAAGACAUUCCUGGGACUCCUGACUCAUUUAAACGGAAUGCUUCUCUGCUGCGUUACGUUGCUGGAACAACACCUCCAUUUUCUUUGUAUGACCUUUCUUAACUUAGCAUCACUUAGACCUGCCCUUUCCUAUCUCCUGCGCCUUCUCCUCCCUUAGCACCUGUCCUGGAGUGGAUUGUUCUUCUAUGUAACUUUUCCUCUCCCUGCUAUUGUCUCAUAGAAAAGGAUCUGUUGCAUACCUCUUUCUUUUCUCUCCUUCCUUCCCUACCCCUGUCAUAUGUAAAGGCCUGGAUUCCAUGUUUCAUCAUUCUUUUUAAGAACAGGCAAGAAAAUGAAGUGCUUAUAUUCUGAAAAGCUCAGGAAAAUAUAGAGCCAUCAGAAAGGGAAGACAUAGAUAAGAAACCCAAUUUGACUAUCAUAUAACCUUAUCCCCAAGAGGUUGGGAUAUAAAAUGUUUUUUUCUUUAAACAUUUUUUUCCAUUUUAGCCUUCAGCAUCAAUUUAAUCUCUCUAAAUCAUGUUUCUGAAGACAGGUGGUUUCACCUGUUCCAGGCAAAGUAGCACAUGAGGGAUUUUUUUUUUUUGGCUGCCAUGUGCAAACUACUAGAGAAGAAAUCAAACAAAGGUGUCUCUGAGUCUUCUUUUAUGACAGAUUAUCUAUGCAAGGUCUAGAAUAGAGUUGUCCAAAAUCAGAUGCAGCAACAGAGUUCAAAUCAAAGAUCAAAGUGAAAUUUUUUUCAUCACUGUCCAUGGAUUUGCACUUCCCUCAAAGCAUCGAUGUUGCCCCACCUGUGUCUUGUGUUGUGAGCAGUUUUAGUUUCCUCUUUAUAGUUCCUCUAGUAAUAUUUUCUUUUGGUCACUUCCUUUCUGUGAAAGGCUGCUCAGUUGUCUUGCCUUCUUCCCUUCCAUUCACCAAACAAGAGUGGCAGAUUGAAUGUGUGUGCACAUGGGAAACUUUCAGAUUUUUAAAAAUUGCCCAGGAUUCUUUUCACUUCCAUUGCUUGGUCCUUCAUGAACCCAUGUGGCUCAUCAUCUCACCUUUUCUGUUUAUGUUUUCUUGCUGAUUGUUUCAAAAGUUUGUUUUAGGGAGGCAAAAAUAUGGAAUGGGGAUCCACAGCCCUGGGUGCAGUAUCACCUAUCUAUAUCUAUUUUAGGUUGAAGGUAGUGUUUUCUCUUAACUUCUUGAGGAAAGCUUUAGGACAGUUUAUACUAUAUAUAGCAUGAGGAACCCACCUGAUCCGGGAGAGGAUCCUAGAAAGAGAUGAACCUGGUUACUCUGUAGGAUGUUUGGGGAAUAGUAGGAGAAGCAAAAAAUGUCUGAAAGAGCCUUUUCUCCCAUUUCACUUGUUCAUGUCAGAAAGGUCCAUUUCUCAAGGUCUAUCACAAAAAGUCCACAUUCUUUGAUGUAAUGAUUCUUUCCAGAAACCCUUGUUACCCUGACUCUUAAUAUGAGUUACUCAGUAGUAGAAGUAACUGUGUGGAUUACUGGACAUGUUUCUGUUUUACAUCAUUAGGAACACUGUUGUUACUUCGGAUUGAAUUCUGUAUUAAUCUGCCAAUUUACAGAAAUUGUUUUUUUUUUACUCUUGUCACCAUUUACUGUGUAAUUUGAAUUUCCUUGCCUGGGUACUUAGAUAUUGAGUUAUCCUUCCCCCCUCCCUAACCCCCCCCCCCCCCCAAUUUGAGUACCUGUCUAAGCUUCAAGUUGACCCUUGACAACAUCUUUCAGGAUUUUGUUUUGGGGACUCAGACAUUUUCUUCCACUCUUCAAACCUGCUGUUCAUUUCAGUUGACCGCUUCUCCAUUUGUACAGUGUAUGUAUAUUUUUUUUCCUUCCUUUCAUCUCCCCAUAUGUGUAUGUGUUUUCCCUCUUGUCACUUUUUUUUUUAAAGUUUUAAAUGCUCUGUAGUUUUGUAAAAGAUGAAAAUUGGUCACUUGAAUAGUUCUUGCUAAAGUGAUGACGCUUUGUAAAUAAAGAUGAUCGUUUUACUUAAA